AGCGUGGGGAGACCAACGCGUUUCGUGUGUCAGACGUGAAGCGAACGUGGAGGUGGUCGCAUCGAGCGGACUAAGCGUAUUUAUUACGGUCGCGCGUAUAUAUACACAUACAUACAUAUAACCGACACGAAAGUAACGAGAUAACCGAUAAUACGCAUCUACAAACGUAACAAUUUUCGAGGUACGAGAUUUUACUCGUGAUGUUGAGCCCGUACCAAACGAUAAACGUCGACGUCCUAUCCGUUUUCUUCGUCGUCGUCGACACGUGAGAUUCGUACGACGACGAGAAAACGAAUUUAAACAAUUUAACGAUCGGUUAUAUAUAUAUAUAUAUAUAUAUAUAUAUAUCCGAUUCGAUAUUUUUCAAUCAAUUAUACUUAAUAUUCCUCGAAUACACACAUUUCUCUCAUCUUCGAAGACGCGAGGAAGGGAAGAGAAAAAUAAAAGGAAAAGGAAGAUUUUCGAAGUAAUAAUACGAAAGUGUAAUCGCACGUAUAAGAUACAAGAACGCGAGAAUUAUUCUAUCGGAGAUACGAUACGUACAUACGUACAUACAUACAUACAUACAUACAUACAUACAUACAUACAUACAUACAUACAUACAUAUAUAUUUAUUUUCAAAGAUGAAAUUAAUAAAUUCGAAUGAGAGAAUUGUCGUCGUGUCGUAAUUUCGACGAAACAUACUCCAACGAAAUUUUAAUAACAUUGUCGACGUGUUGUCCGCUGGGCCAAAGCUUUCGGAAAACAAAUUUCGGGCAAGCGUAAGAAUUAACGCGCUAUAGUUCGUCGUGAGUGCGUGAGAGAGAGAGAGAAAGAGAAAGAAAGAGAGAGAGAGAGAGAGAGAAAGAGAAAGAAAGAAAGAAAGAGAAAGAGAGUGGAGCAUAGACACGUUCUACUACCGGGAGAAGAUAUCGGAAACAGACGAGAUAUAUAUAUAUAUAUAUACACACACACAUAUAUAUAUAUUUUCCUUUCCAUUCAACGGCACCUUUGGCUACACCGGUCUUGCUUGACGUAAAGAAAUACAUCUAAAUGUGUUCCAUAGCGAUGCCAACAGAACUUAUCCUGGGGCACAGUCCUCCGGUAUACAAUCCACUCCUGUACAGGCCUUUGGUGACGCCGACGAUUACCACAAGAUCGGUACCACCCAGAAUACGACCGUGCCUGUCCACUGGUUCGUUGCCUCUGGACAGCCUAAAAAACAACAAUGACAGCAGUAACAAGCAGAAAAAGAGGGUCGUAUUCGCCGACGAUCGUGGCCGUCCACUUACUCAGGUACGUGUAAUGUCGGAACCAAGUAACGUUCCGCCAUUAUGGACUACGGCAUAUAUCGAAGGAGUAACCGGAGGACUCCUGAGAACUAAAAUCGACAACGAGGUAACGCAAGAUACUACACCACCAUGGCAGGUGACGUUUCCUCAGCCAGCGAGCGAUUAUCUCGCAUUUCGCCGUAAACUCGAUCAAGAAAAUGUCAGUUUGGAGAAUGUGAUUGUUCGUGAAUCCGAACAGGCACUAGUUGGUACAGUGAAAGUGCGAAAUCUUGCUUACGACAAGGAGGUCGUGGUAAGAGCGAGCACCGACAUCUGGAAAACUCACGAGGAUAAUUAUUGCACCUAUGUUGAACAACCCGGUGCACCGGCACUCAUCCUCUACGACACCUUCCGUUUUCGUCUUACGUUGCCAUUGAAAUCUGACAUUAUUGAAUUCUGCGUUAGAUAUCGUACCGAUGGACAGGAAUUCUGGGACAACAACGAGGGCAAAAAUUAUGUUGUCCGAAAAAGACAGGAGCCAAGGGCACCGCCUAAACGAUACGAUCUCUUGGCAGCCACGUGCGAUGGAUUAUCAAGUAACAACAAUAUUUGCAACAUGAGCAAUGGUGGAAGUAACGGACUCAGUAUACCACGUAUAUCCGAUGCAAGACGAAUUAACGUUCGUACGUGGAGUGAAUUCGCAUCGUGGCAUCAUUUAACCAACGAUGCUCCAUAUUGGUGAAAAGAAGAAAACAGAAAUUAACCCCUUUUUGUGGAUCCCUCGUCAAACGAUGUACGAAAAUGUACGAAUAUCAUAAUCCAGUGUUAAUCUGGAGCAAAUAGUCGAGCUGCGAAUCCGUUCGAUCGGGGGGUGGUGUGAGGAGGGGGAUGUGGACUGAGAUAAGGGGUGGAACGACGAAACAUUUUUUUUCGUUCGUCGAAGACUAAGAGAUACAGAGAGAAAGAGAGAGAGAGAGAAAGAGAGAAAGAAAGAAAGAGAACACGAUUAUAUUUCGAACGAAACAGAAAAAUAUUGGCAGGGAAAAAAGAAAGAAAAAAAUGGGAAACGAUGAUCGAAGAGGAGGCUGAUAUUUCUUAUUGUUCUUUUUUUUUUUAUUUUUUUUUUAUUUUUUUUUUUUUAUUUUUAUUUUUACAUUUUUUUUUCUCUCGACGAAUUACGAGAAGCAACGACGAUAGCGAAGAUGACGAUAAUAAUAGACGUCGGACGAGAAAAGUUCGUUGAAAAGAAG